AGCGUGUAAUGUUUAUCAUAUACAUAUUUUGUAUUUAUUUGACUGGUCUUUGGUUCCUCACGAGAUGUCCCUUUCUCUCUCUCUUUCCUUCCUCUCUGUUCUUCAUUCAACCUAAAAACAUAGAGACAGAAAAUGAGAGAGAGAAAGUGAAGAAAGGGUCACCGGCCACCCCCGCCAUACGAAACCUCCUUCCCCCUUCCUUUCUUUAAUCAAAGUCAAUUCUCAUAUCCACCUGCUCAACCGCUCUUUGCAAAAAGGUUAACUAUUUUUUGAAAGAGAGAACUAUUGUAUUGAAUUGGUGUUUCUGUUAUGGCAACGACCAGCGCUGGAUCCAACGAUACUACUGCUAAUAGAAGACAAACCAAACGACCCAAGUACUCAAAGUUUACACAACAAGAACUUCCAGCUUGCAAGCCUAUUCUUACACCAAAAGCGGUUAUUUCAGCAUUCUUGAUUGUCACCGUCAUAUUCAUUCCUAUUGGAGUGGCUUCGCUCAUUGCUUCACGAGAUGUUGUUGAAAUUGUAGAUAGGUAUGAGGCAGAUUGUGUACCGUCAAAUUGGACAGACAAGGUAGCAUACAUUCAAAGUGAUGCCGAUAAAACUUGCAAAAGGCAGCUGCAUGUGGAGAAGCAUAUGAAGUCUCCUAUCUAUGUUUACUAUCAGCUUGACAACUUCUACCAGAAUCAUCGCCGGUAUGUAAAAAGCCGAAAUGAUGAGCAAUUGAAGGAUGCUGGAAAAGGAAACUCAACAAGUGGUUGUGAGCCUGAAGCUUAUGUAAAUGGAAUGCCAAUUGUACCUUGUGGUCUUAUAGCUUGGAGCAUGUUCAACGAUACAUACAGCUUCUCGCGCAACAACAAUAAUGUGACAGUGAACAAGAAAGAUAUCUCAUGGAAGAGUGAUAGGGAUCACAAAUUUGGAAGUGAUGUUUUCCCUAAAAAUUUCCAGAAUGGUACUAUUAUAGGUGGUGCUCAUCUCAAUGAAAAAAUACCGUUGAGCGAGCAGGAGGAUCUUAUCGUCUGGAUGCGAACUGCUGCUUUGCCGACCUUCAGGAAGUUGUAUGGAAAGAUUGAGGUGGAUCUUGAGAAAGGCGAUGUGAUAAAUGUGGUAUUGCAGAAUCGCUACAACACGUAUAGUUUUAGUGGCAAGAAGAAGCUUGUAUUGUCAACUACUAGCUGGCUUGGUGGGAAGAAUGACUUCCUUGGCAUUGCUUAUCUCAGUGUUGGAGGAUUGAGCUUCUUUUUGGCCAUGGUUUUUACUGUUGUAUAUUUCGUCAAGCCAAGGCAACUUGGAGAUCCCUCAUAUUUGUCAUGGAAUAGGAAUCCAGCAGGGCACUGACAAGAGAAACCCCCCACUUGUGCAUGAUCUUCCAGGAUUGCCCCCAGGAGUCCUUGUGUAUUAUUCCACAGACUACAUUCUACACUUUGUACAUCUAUGUUACUAAUACAUAUUAUAUACAAAUAACCUUUUCAUACAUUAGGAGUUUUUUAUGUCCCCCCAUAAAAUAUUUAUUUUUUUUAUUUUUUUUGUCUUCUGCAUAAGAAUUGUAUUUUAUGACAUAGUAUCAUAUGCUAUUUCAUAUAACUCAAGAAACACAUUUUGGCUUGGUAUACUUUUGCUUUUUGUACGAGUUAUUGAGAUUC